AGCAACCCGUUACUGACAAUCAAUCAAUUGAGGAAAAUCAACCUGAAAUCAAAGCAGCAAACGAACCUCUCCCUGUUCUGUCAUAGGGAUCUGUCAAAGAAAUAAACAUACCAAGAGGAAAGAGAGUUGUUAGUUCUUUGCCAGUCCUUUCUGAAACUACACCAGAGUGUCAUUUAGAAACUGAAACCAAAUCACCAGAAACAACUUCUACUACAGAAGUAGUACGAAACCCUGGUAUCAUUGGAAAGUUAAAGAAGCUGUUUAGUGUCCAAAGAGAUGUUGAUGAAAUAAAGGUGGUGAUGACAAAAGAAAGAUUUUGGGACGAAACCGUUAAAGCUGGAAAGAAGAAGCUACAUCACAGGAAAAUAGCUCCAGUGAUCAUUUGGGACUUCGGAGGGCAAGAUGUAUUCUAUAGUACCCACCAAACGUUUUUGACAUAUCGAGCUAUUUACUUGCUAGUAUUGGAUGGUAGUAGAAACCUUGAUGACCCUUGCAUGUUCGAACAAUAUCUGCCUGGAAAGAGUGGACCUAAAACAGCUCGAGACUACCUCAGAUUUUGGAUAAACACCAUAGUCACAUACUGUAAAGGAAGUGGACCAGGAUUUCCUAAAAUCAUGAUUGUUCUAACUCACAAGGAUAAAUUGAGAUCUGUGGAAGUGGAACCCAGACGUCAACAAUUGUUCCAUGCUAUAGAAGAGAUGUUUUCUGGAAGUCCCUUGCUGUCCCAUUUAGUCAUUAAAGACCAAAUUUUUGUAAAUGCAAGGGACAAAUCUGAUCCAGAAAUGGCGAAGAUUAAAAAGAACAUUAUCGAUCAAGCCAUAGAGCAACCAACAUGGGGUCAAGAACUUCCAAAAUGUUUUAUUCCUCUCGAACUCGAAUUUGACUCACUUCUAAACCGCAACAUUCCUUUAAUAACCAUGGACCAUAUGAUGAAGAUAAAUUCUGUUCAGCCCGUUCGACCACUGACAGAUGAAGAAUUGAAAGUAUUUCUCAAGUUUCAGCAUUCUGUAGGACGAAUCUUGUAUUUUGAUGAAUCAGGCUUGGAUCAACACAUCAUUCUUUUACCGACGCACCUGAUUGAUGCCUUUAAGUCAAUCGUUACUGAUAGAAGAUUCUGUGAAGGUGACAGACUUAGACAGGUAUCAUGGGAAUUAUUGAGCCAGAAGGGUGUAAUCGCAAAAAAGUCAGUAGCCGAUAUCUGGCAGAAAAAGAAAUACAAGUCUUUUCAAAAACAUAAAGAUUAUUUACUGGGAGUCAUGACAUAUCUUGAUAUAUUGGUGGAACCAAGGCGAUAUGAUAAGACACACAGACGUAUACCCGCCGAAUUCUACUACGUUGCUAGCAUGGUUAGAACCAAAGAUACAACUGGAUAUCUUAAAUCCACUAAUUUCGUUCACAGAAAUAUCGCAAUAGCAUUCAGCUCAUCUUCGUCAAUGAUUCCUCCAGCGUUGUCCUUUAGACUCAUCAGUUACUGUUUGAGCAUAUUUGCAGUGAAAACAUAUGGACAGCGACACGAAGAAAUGUUGUUUCAUAGAUCAGCAGUUUUUAAUAUAGACCCAUCUCUAGAUAUGUAUGUUAACUGUGAUGAUGAGAUGAUUGUUGUUCGUCUUGUUCACCUAACGAAUAGAAAACUUAUAAUGAGAGAUCUAGCAUCUUGUAUUAGGGAAUGUUUAGCUAUUGCACUCGAGAAAAUUAGUCAGCUUUACGUCAAGACAAGCAGUACAGGAUCUGUUAUACAUGAAGGCUCUUUUAAUCUGAGUUUGUGUUGCAGUUCACCGGAAAAUCCUUGUCUUCUGCCAAUGUCAGAACAUCAAGAAGAAGAUGGUUCAUGGAUAUGUCCAGAACACAGAAUUGAGCACACCAAAGAGAUCUUAUCUUCCUGGGCCUUACAAAAGGCAGUAAAUACAUGUGGAGUAGCAUGCCCAGUGACGGACAACGAGUUCUUAAAGCAGACUCCAACAGAUAUUCACCUACGUCGAUUGUCAAUGCAGUACAGCAUACACGAAAUCAAAGAGUUAUCUAUUCAUCUUGGAAUGGGGUAUAAUACAUGGGAGCGUAUGUAUGAUACAUUAGGUGAAGAACCAGAACGAUUAAACUUUGAAAUACUGCAUAGGUGUAUUGACAGUUCUUCCAUUACAUUUGAUGACUUCAGGAAAGCUGCUGCAAUCGGCAACAUACAGAACCCACACACUCUUUGCAAAGUGGUGAGAGACAAGCUUAUUGACUUCGACCAGGAACCAGAAAUUUGGGACUAUGAACCUUCAGAAGAACACUUCGACAAACUCGCCCCGUUUGUAGGAAACAACUCGCUGCCAUUUCUUAUUGAGCUUGGAAUGGAAUUCAAAAACUGGGAGCAGAUUCGAUUUCGACAAACGGAAAGAGAUUUGGUGAAACUUAACCGAGACAUUAUGCAAGAGUGGAAGUCUACAUUCUGUAAUCUUCAUGCUAUCAGACCAUAUCUGAGACAUAUUGGUCAGGCGUUCAACAACAUUGGUAAAAAUAUAAAAAUCAUCGAAAAUGUUUUGGCAGACUUCUCUUGAAUGAUGUUGACUAGUUUGGUGUUUUGAAGUUUGACAACCUAGGAAAUUUUUGGAACAAUUAGUGAAAAUACAUUUGCAUUUACAUUUAAAAUGAAUACGAUCACUUGUAUAUUGGCCCCUUUUCAGGGCAAU